UUAGUCCUUGUUUGGUCGUAGAAAUUUAGAUAUUUUUUUUAAUUUAUAAAAAACUCUAAUGGCGUCCUUAGCUAUUCGAGUAAAAAGCAAGAAUGGUCAGCAGGUAUUGAAAGACUUGACCUCUGAGAGUACCGUAGGUGAAUUAAAAAUGUUUCUUUCGAGUCUUACUGGUGUAAGCUACGAUAGCAUUUCCGUUUUAAUAGGAUUUCCACCAAAACCAAUAGAUAUUAGUAAUAAUGAUAAAAAACUUAGUGAAAUUGGCUUGAGGACUGGUGAAACUUUGAUUGUUGAAGAAAAAUCAAAAACAUCGAGUGACAGUGCGAAAUCGGGAAAUGAGAAACCGCUAGAAAAUGGUAUUGCGUCUAAUGAAUUAGUUGGGCCCUGCAGACCUGGAAUUUUAAUGAAGAAAGUAGUUCCAUCUGAUAACUCUUGCCUCUUUACUAGUAUAGGAUUUGUAUUAAAUGGAAAUGUGGAUACAUCUGUUCAUACAUUGAUGCGUCAAAUAAUAGCAAUGGAGGUAGCUAGUGACCAGGAUACAUAUAAUGAAGCCAUGCUUGGUAAACCAAAUGCUGAAUACUGUGUGUGGAUCCAGCAGCCAAGCUCCUGGGGAGGAGCCAUAGAGGUUGCGAUUCUCUCCAGAUUUUAUGGUCUAGAAAUGGCAGUUGUAGACACAUUGAAUGCAAUAAUCAAUAGGUUUGGGGAAGACAAGAACUAUGGACAAAGAGUGUUUCUGUUGUUUGAUGGAGUUCAUUAUGAUCCAUUGUAUCUAGAACAAUCUGAUGGUGGUUUUCAAACCGUAUUCCCAGCCGAGGAUAUGGAUAUAUAUAAUGAAGCUGAACAAUUAGCCAAAGAAGCAAAAUCCUCUAGACAAUUUACAGAUUUAAACAAAUUUACUUUAAGGUGUACGGUGUGUGAUACACUGUUGAAAGGUCAAGUCGAGGCACAGAAACAUGCCAAAGAAACAAUGCAUACAAGUUUUGGUGAGGUGUAGCCAAUAAGGACACCCAAAAGGGGCUUUUUGAAUACACUCGACACUAUAAUGCAGAAAUUUUUUAGAUUUGAUUGUUAAAUAAAUUUACUAUAAAAUGCUCAUACAAAUCCACUAACCAUGUACAGUGCUCCCAAAUUAAUAAUGCGCAUACAGAUCUUCGUCACUUUUCGGCAACGGUUGUAUUUCCCGACCGUCGGGAGACUAUAUCUAUAUAGAGUGGUAAAAUGCAUUACUUUUGCAUAAUUUAGUAGAAUUAUAUUACAAUAAUAAUAACAAGAGGGGUGUGUAAUAGGAGCUCUAUAUAAUUCCACAUAGACUGAACACGUGUUUAUGUGGAACGAAUGCCGACGUGAACAGUCGGCACCAAUACUUAAAGACGACUGACUGACCGGCUACCACAGCCGACCGCCCGAUUUGUUUUCGUAUUGUGAUCACAUGAUUUGACUCCUAUUUCUUUCGCACAAGGUGCAAAAUGCAAGUGCAUUGUUUAGGGCUCUUACGAUUGGAUGAUUCGGGUGUUUCCGGGAAUACGCCCAUUAGCGAAAAUCUGUAUGCGCAUUAUUAAUUUGGGAGCACUGUUUAUCUAUGUAAUAUAAUGGGGAAUAGGAAUUGAAAUGCCUUGCUUGUCUUAUUUUUGUAUUGAAACAAUUUGAGACUGACAGAAGAUUGUUAAUUAGUCUUUGUAGUAUCACUUAGCUAUAAUAAUAAAAAUGCCAGAAAUCGCAAUAUAACAUUGAGUAUAAAAGCUAAUAAAAUGACAAUUGUAGUCGACUAACGGCCGUUCCCAAUAUUCAGUCUAUCUCUUACUUGAGAUAAAAAUUGUAACUAUCGUUGACUUUUCUGUCCCAAUUAACUUAUCGACGCUAACUCACCUUAUCCGUACACGCUGUCUGUCAUUGGGACGACGUAUAGCUUACCAGCGAUAGAAGUUUGUAUGGAAAUUGCAAUUCACGCGUCCCAAUUUAAAUGAUAAGUAUGACUUAUUGAGUAUAUUGGGACAGCAUUGGGAAUAAUCUGAAUUAUUGACAGCUAAUUACUGACAGUAGAAGGUAGUAAUUUAUCUCUAUCUGUAGAUAGUAUAUUGGGAACGACCGUAAAACUAUUGUGACAAAUUGUCAAUGUCACUAUUAAAAUCUGUAGCGGUAUCGUGCACUAUCGCCUUGUAAACUCACACUUUUUAGUAAAGAUAAGUAUUUGAAUAAAAAAAAUAUAUCGUGUUGACCUCGCCACGCGGACUAUAAAUCAACACCAUAAGCCACUGAAAAUAUUUUUUCAUGUAAAAAUUGCAACUAAUCUAUUUGUAUUUUUUUUUAUAAAUUCAACAACAAUCAUUAUUAUUAUCAAUUAAGUUUUCUUACGUUGUGCUUUGUUAUAUCAAUAUAAUUGUUAUAUACGAUUUUAUUGGACAAAUCGAGGGAGUUUUAAAGACAGCAGGCUUUUUUUUAUUAAAAAUAUGGAUUACAAUGUAAUAUCGUACAAUAAACAUUUAUAAUUUAAGAGCCUGAGGGUGUCCGCUUCAUUCCCAGCCUGUGGUAACAUUAAGAAAAUCAUUUAUGUUAUAAUGACCUUUCCCACACAAUUUUUUUUAAACAAUUCUUUUAAAUUUCGUAACACAUUUGUACAUUUUCUGGGAUCAUAUUGUAAAAGCAUAUAAAUCGCCCGUCAAAAGACUUACUAACUCGACUCAACCGAGUAGAAGGCAUAACAAGUUUAUGUUUGUUCCUCGUGUUAACAUUAUGAUUGUCAUAGUUUCUAGCAAACUCCUCAAUGUGCUUAUGAACAUAUAGAAAUUUAUCAAGAAUAUAUUUAGAAGCAACAGUCAAAA